AUGAACGUAAUUGACUAUUUCAACCGAGAAUACAAUGGACGUCCUUCAACUUUGGGUGUCGAUUUAGUAUUAAAAAGACUGACAGUUGAACCCUUGAAUACGUUAAAAGACUUUGAUGUUUGGGAUUCUGCCACUUGCAAAUUUUGUAAAACACCGGGCAAUGAAGAUUAUUUUGCAGUUGUAAAUGAGGCAGGAAAUGCUGCCAUUGUAGACACCAAGGAUAAUUCCGAUUUGAUUCCUGAAAUUGGAACCAUCCCUUUGCAUCCUGGAAUUGAAGGCGCACGACAAUGCCAUAUUCGAUCUGGAUUGGAGCGACUGCGACAACAGACUGCUUAUGGGGUCGGGCGACCGCACCGCGUCGCUGUGGGACCUUCACGAAGGGGAACUCACCAAAAUCAACGACUUUGCCGCUCACACUCGCAGCUUGAGGACGGUUGCGUUCACGCCUCAACAGAAAGAUGUGUUUGCGACGGGAGGCCGGGAUGGUUGAUUGUGAUCUGGGAUGCUAGAAGUGCAUCUCCGAAUGUAUUAGACGUUCAUACAAAACCUGAAAAUAUCAUCCAAAAUGUUAAAUUAUUGAAAAAGAAAGAUGCGGCGGCCUUCUCCAUAUGCUCUGUACUCUUCCAAGACAGUGUGCAUCUCUUUUCCUGCGGCAUUUCAGAAACGUGUGUGGACGUGUGGGACAUUCGUAAGACGUACUCUUUUAAACGGCGAACGGCUCAGCCACUGUACAAGCUGUCGCACGAAUCGCUAUGCAACUCGCAGCACUGCUACACCAGCUUGUGUGUGGACAGCUCUCGCACGCGACUCUACGCCAACUGCCGCGAUGGCAAGGUGUAUCAGUUCAAUGUGGCCUCCUACUCACCUCAGCCAGUGGGCUUCUUCGGCUGCAACCGUGUGGUGUCGUCCAACUAUGUGCAGUGCUGCCUGUCUCCCGACGACGAGUUCCUGUUGAGUGGCUCGAGUGACGGCGACGCCUACAUGUGGCGCACCAGGCGUCCGGGCAGCCCAUGCUGUGCCCGCCUCAGUUUCAACGCCAACGAAGUCAAUGUGGUCGACUGGAGUCGUUCCAGUCAGACCAAGAUCGUCACCGGUUCGGACUUAUUUGAUACUGAGCCGGGUUGUUGUGGUGAUUCGUCACAAGAUCUGCUGGUGCUGCUUUGGAGGGUACCCGAUGAGCCAACCAAUGAUGAGUCUCAUGAGUGUUAUGAUUCUGAUGAGUCUGAUGAAUCUGAUGAGUGUUCCCCCUCCCAACCCAGCUAUGAGUUCGCCGCUAUCCAGUGGAUAGAGGACACUAAACAUGCGUCAAACAGAAGGUGCUUCAGAGCGUGCAGGCCGCUUGUCAAUAAACACUGAGGAAUAGCUUACCCGCGUCUUUGAGGAGUGUGGAGAGGCGGACACUGUUCGGCGCGGAGGUCUUGGCGUGGCUGAGGGAGGGCGAUCGGGGCAUAGGAUGAGGAGGUCCAGCAAUCACUGAAGUGAACUCGCCGACCGUCAACCUGCCCAACCACGUGAUCGACGGCACCUCCCCCCUCCACCGCUGCUCACCCCACUCCCGUAAGGAGAAGGAGAACCGCAAUUGGCUGUCCUCCUUG